CUGUUAGACAUUUAAGUAAUGAAGACAUUCGUGUUGUGGGUCAUCUCUCUUUUUUGUAUCACAAAUGCCGAUCCAUUCAUAAAAAGAUGCAAAAAUGAUCAAUUUGAAUGCACCAACGGAGUUUGCAUUGGUAAAAUUUACUGGUGUACUGGAGGAAGGUAUUCUUGCGGAGAUGGCAGCGAGAGAAUCAAUUGUAAAAAUUAUUACCCCAAUUGUGCCAGUGAUCAAACUUACUGUAAAAAUAAUAGGAAGUGUAUUCCAUUAAAAUGGUCAUGCGACGGUUACGAGGACUGUACGGAUAGUUCUGACGAACGCAAUUGCCUAACAGAAGUUUAUGGAAUCGAAUAUCUGCAUAGAGUAAGACGAAGUAUAGAUAGGGGGCAUUCUUGGUUGAUCGAGCAACGAAGGUCAGAUUGGGGUUGGGGAAAGGACACGAGUCGAGCCAUUGUCACACUCGGUCUCUCUGAUAAUCUGGAUUUCGAUACAAAAGAUAUAAGUCAAUUAAUGUUUAAACAACUGAAACUUCAACUUUCUGGAACUUUACUCACAAAGGGCAUAGAAAAUAUGGAAGCAUACGAAAUAGCAUCGUACGUACAUUCGUUACUGGCAAUUUGUUCCGAUCCGAGAAACUUUCAAGGAUUCGAUUUAGUGGAAGUAUUGAAAGAAAAAAUGGAAAAGACAGAAUCAAUUAAUCCUAUGGUCGCAUUGGCAAUUUGUAAUGCCAAUCAAAUUCUUCAGUCGCGGCAACUAAAGAAAUUAGAACUUACAUUAACGAAGAAAGAUUCACCUCACUUGACAGAAACUCGGGCAUAUGCUAUAAUGGCGUUGUGGUGUACGAAGAACCGAAUUAAGUCGUAUCACAUAAACUUUACCAGGAAUGAAACUGUUGAAUAUAAUAGAAAAGUUUUAACCUUUAGCGCAUUAAAAAGGGAAUUAACGACGUUACAGAACGAAGACGGUAGCUUCGGAAAUUUAUACACAACUGCCAUUUUAAUGCACGCGAUAUUUUCCAUGGAUUUAAACGUCAGCACCGCGAAAAAAUGGAAUGUAACGAAAGCCAUUAAUUAUAUCAUUUCUCAACAAAACCGAGACGGGUCCUUCGGAGAUAGUUUGGCAACUUACUUAAUACUUCCAAUACUGAAUGGAAGGACAUUCGUCAGUUUGGGAAAUAUAAAUUGCAACAUGAUAGAACCACGCAAUGUUACGAUUCAGGAAGAACUCGAUUUUAAAAAUCUUCCAAAGCAUCGUGUUAGCUACUUUAUUUUCGUUGGACAAGAUAAAGAUAUCAUUUCUAAUAUUUUAUUAAACGUUCCUGUUAAUUCGACAUUUUACGAUGUCAUGCGCUUAGCUUCAGAAGUGGAUUAUAAAUUUCGAUUUAAAUAUAUUGAUUAUCCGUGGGGUAAAUAUAUAUAUUCGAUAUUUGGCCUAGUCAAUGAUGCCGAGAAGAGAAAUUACUGGCAACUUUAUAAAGCAGUGGAUAAUUCUACAAUCUAUUUUGAACAAUCACCCGAUAAAGUGAUUCCCGAGGAGGACGAUGCAUACGUUUACUGGUAUAAACCAUUGAGUGAUUGAAAAAUUUACGGUGUAUAUUUCGUUGUUUUAUUAUGCAUUAAACGCAAUGGCAGUAAAAUUGAGAUUUACUGCGAAACAUAA